CGCCACGUGGAAGCCACGUGUGUUGUUUUGAAGGGGCCGCCCAUGCGCUCCGUCGUACGCGGUGCGCACCGCGGCGAUCCAUUCCCCGGCAGAGCCUCCCACGUCUCCCCGAGCCUCGCGAUCCAUUCCCCGGCAGAGCCUCCCACGCCGCCACGAGCAGCGAGCCGCCCCAUCACGUGUCCGUGACACGGCCGCUUGGAUGCAGUGGAGGCACCUGGCGACCGCUCUCCUGCUGUGCUCCCUCUACGUGGCCUCGAUCCUCACGAACAAGUAUGUCCUCUCUGUCUUGAAGUUCACCUACCCAACGCUCUUCCAAGGGUGGCAGACGCUGAUCGGGGGGCUGCUGCUGCAUGUGGGCUGGCGGCUGGGCUGCCUGGAGCUGUCUACUCUAUCGGGAACCGUGGUGGUGUCAUGGUUUCCUGGAGCCCUCCUCUACGUGGCUGUGAUUUACGCUGGGUCCCGAGCGCUGUCACUGCUGCCGGUGCCCACCUUCCUGCUGCUACAGAACGCGUCGGAGGUGGUGCUGUGCCUGUGCUCCGCCGUGCUGUGCAGAGAGAAAAUCCCUCUAGUUAGAUUAACGAGCCUGCUGUUGAUAACCCUGUCCUCAGGAGGUCUGCUCUUCUGCGAUGUGCAGUUUGACCCCGGCGGCUACGUGUGGGCAUUGCUGCACUUCGUAUGCGCCGGGAUCUACAAAGCCUUCUCCUAUGAGCACAGCAAGAACCAGUCACUGAGUGAGCUGGAUCAGCAGUAUUUAAACUACAUUGUCAGCGUUGUGGCUCUGCUGCCGUCGUCGCAUCCGCUUGGUGACCUGCUCGGAGCGGCCGAGUUUCCAUUCCUCUACUUCUACCGCUUCCACACCGGAUGCCUGGCCAGUGGGAUCCUAGGCUUCCUGUUUGUGGUGACGGGAGACCGCUUGAAGGCAUGCAUCUCUUCCGCCGACUUCUCCAUGUGGCUGCUCGCGGGGAAGAUGUACGCGUGUGCCCUAUCCAUCGUCCUGUUUGAAAGCACGCUGACUACGUGGAUGGGAAUCUGCCUCCUGCUCGGCCUGGUCAGCGAGGUUCUGCUCUCGCUGGGCGACAAGUGGCAGGAGGGCGGCAGCGACUGCCUUGGGGUCAGCUCCUCCCUCCAGCAGAAGGUGUCGCUCGCCACCAGCGGCAUCGGAAGCCAAGGAACCAGCAAAGUCGUGUGAGGGGGAGACGGGGGAAGAGGAGUGCGCGGCUGGAAUGGAGGCACCCGCCCGUCACUCCGCACUCCUGGUUGGAGGUCCCAGAUUAACGGCCGAUUCUAAAGCCGCUCAGAUGAUUGCGGAGGAGAUGAUCACCUGUUUACAGCGCUGAGCCAGUGAACAGUCAACAUUACUAUGGCAGGAAGCAGUGCCUCUAUGUAAACCACAGUUGGCUUCCCACUGGUUUUAUUCCACCCAUCGACCCUGCAGGGGUGAAAGGUCGCAACGACCCUCAACCGGAAUUUGAACUGGAGCUGCCCAAUCGCAAACCGCAUGCUCUGCUGAUGGCACCACCACCACCAAAACUUAACCAUGACUAAUAAUAGUACUACUAGAGACAAAUACAAAAAGACAAAGAUCCCCUGCAUAGCCUUAACAUAUUGUUAGGGUAAGUGCUGUUAGUGAGCACCUAUGAAAGCUCGCACGGCACGUGAGGGAGUGGUGCGGCUAGUACCACGCGCGGCCGCCUUUGUCUCCCCAGUGGCAAUGUUUACACAUCACACCAGGCACUCAUUUGAGCCCAAGUCGACAGGGGGGGGGGAGGCCCAGGGCUGGUUUCAGAUAAUCGUCACUGGUGUUAGCCAUGAGCGGGAAUCUAACUCGGGUUGUCUACGUCUGCAUAAUGAAGUGUGUAUUGGUGAAGCGAGUGGUGAAAUAUCGGCGUGGUUUUUACACCUUGGUGUAAUGAGCCACACAGGUUAUCAGCUUGGCACCGGGCCGUGGAGUUCCCGCACGUGCUGGAUGUACAAAAUAUUUUUUUUUACAGUAUAUACUGUAUGCGUAUAGCGUUUUAACUUUUUUAUGCUCUAUGUAGCCAUGGUCUGUUGGUAUCUCUGAAAGUAUAUUUUGGAAAAGUCGUGAAAAUAAUAAUUUGAUAAAACAGUAUUUUUGAUGAUGGGGGACGGGGGGGAGAAUGAGAUGCGGUUGCGGUGUGAGGUCGUUGUAACGCGGGCGGGGCAUCAAUCGUGGUUUGGGAUUUAACACGAUCUUGGCAUGCGGCAUUUUCCACUCUUAAUACGAUUACUUCAUUACUUCUUGACUUAAAUCUUUUGUGACUGCAGGAAUACAUAUUCUAUGGGUCUUUCGGUAAAGCCACGUAGAUAGAAAAAUAAUAAAAAUUUCACGACGUUUCGAUCGCAACACAAGCAUUCGUCUUCAGGUUGGAUGUCUUUGCAUUGACAGGCUGAAUGUCUCACUAGCAUAUCCACCGUUGCAGUGGUUCUCUUACAUUGACAUGCUAAUCUAUCACAAUACAAUGGCCACCUCCACAGCCUCAGGGCGCCCUCCGAUCUUACAUUUACAUGCAAAUACCAUCUGUAGCCCCACCCCCUUACACUUGGGCUACACACAAUACAAUGGCCACCUCCA